GCCCCCUUUCCAGUUCAAUUUUGCUCAUCUCUCUUAUCACCUCCACAACUAUGCAAUCCAUCCACCUCUCCCCAUCCCCUCCCCCUCUCUUCUCGCGCCGCCGCGUCGCGAGGAUCGUUGCGGUGGCUUCGGCGGUGGCGACGACGGCGCCGCGGCGGCGCGAGACGGACCCGAAGAAGCGGGUGGUGGUGACGGGGACGGGGUCGGUGUCGGUGUUCGGGAACGACACCGACCGGUUCUACGAGAAGCUGCUGGAGGGGGAGAGCGGCGUGGGGCCGAUCGACCGGUUCGACGCGUCGCCGUUCCCCACGCGGUUUGCGGGCCAGAUCCGGGGGUUCGACUCCGAAGGCUACAUCGACCCGAAGAACAACCGCAGGUACGACGACUGCAUCCGGUACGCCGUUGUCGCCGGAAAGAAGGCGCUGGAGAGCGCCGGACUCGGCGUCGGAAGUGCGGCUCAUAGGAAGCUGGACAAGAUGAGGGCUGGCGUGAUCGUUGGGAGUGGGAUGGGUGGCUUCACAACGCUCUCCGACGGGGUGCAGGCGCUCGUGGAGCGCGGCCCGCGGAAGAUCAACCCCUUCUUCAUCCCCUACGCCAUAACCAACAUGGGCACGGCGCUGCUCGCCAUCGACGUCGCGUUCAUGGGCCCCACAUACUCCAUCUCCACCGCCUGCGCCACUUCCAACCACUGCCUCUGCGCCGCUGCCAACCACAUCCGCCGCGGCGACGCCGACGUCAUGGUCGCGGGCGGUGUCGAGGCCUCCAUCAUCCCUAUCGGCCUUGGCGGGUUCGUCGCAUGCCGCGCGCUGUCGCAGCGGAAUGACUACCCAAGGACUGCAUCGCGGCCGUGGGACAGGGACCGGGAUGGCUUCGUCAUGGGGGAAGGUUCAGGCGUGUUGGUUUUGGAGAGCCUGGAACAUGCCAUGAACCGCGACGCGCCCAUAUUUGCCGAGUAUUUAGGAGGUGCGGUGACCUGCGACGCUUACCAUAUAACAGAUCCGAGAUCCGACGGCCUCGGUGUUUCAUCUUGUAUUCUGAAGAGUCUCGAAGACGCCGGAGUCUCGCCAGAAGAGGUUGUUCACUUUUACUCUGCUUUGUUCUUAAGCAUAUAUAGUGUAGAGCUACUAUGCUAUCGGAAGCUGUGA